AUGCUCCGGGCUGAGCGCGCUCCGGCGCAGGUGGAUGGUACCCAGGACGCCCGAGUCACCUCCCCCAGAGCAGCCAUUGUUUCCGUGGUGACCCCUGAGCCUGUGCAGAAACCAGAUAUGGGAGAGAACAUGCCCAGCUAUCCCUCGGGCACCUGGUGGCCUCCCAUGUCCGCAGGGCACAACCCCAAACAGCAUCAUCGUCAUUUGCACUGUCAUCAUCCUCGCCAGUGUCUGCACCGCUUUCCUCUCCUGAGCGCCCCGGAUGCGGCAGGUGCGUUGCAGCCAUGA